AUGGCCUUCGUUGCCGUCGUGCUGAUGUUCGUCUCAUCCUUGGCAUGCCUGAUUGGGCCUGCCUGGGCCGGGGGACUGCGUGGUGAUCUCCAAAAUGCUACGGAGACGACGCGGGAGUUGCCAACUGGGCGGCCUCUUGCUGCAGCCGGAAGUUGCACUGCAGAAGACGAGAGCAAGAUGCAUGAUUUCGGGUCUGGUUAUGCAGAAGGCACCUUUCCCUUCGUCGUGGCGUAUUGCGAAAGGAAGAGCUGGCGCUUGGAUGGUGGUUUCUACACCAAAGAGUUCGAAAACUGCGUUAUCUCACACACUGGCUUGACACCUCCAUGCGCCGCUUGCUUUUCGAAGUCCGCCAUCUACACCUACGAGAACUGUAAGUUUGCCUGCUGGUUCCAUUCCUGGUGCGGCCACGAAUGCUUGAAGUGCGUCGAUGAGUCGGCUCCAGAGGUUCGGCAGUGCGCGGGAGUGGACGUGCCGGGCGUGAUCCCUUGCUGA